CUUCUUCUUUGUAUUCUUCGUACUCUCUCUCCUCUCUUCCCUCAAAGUUUCGCUCUUUCUGAGCCGUCGGAUCUGGGUCGUUUCCGGCGAGUUGGGGCUUCUUGGCUUAGAUCUGUUGAGUCAAUUCUUGGGAUCUUUGGAAGAGUCAACUCGGGUUGUGAAUUGUUCAGGUAACCGAGGAUCUGAAAAAGGAUCGAUCUCUUUUGUUGGGGUUUCUGGUAUGGAGAUGGCUUCGACGACGUCCUAUUGGUGUCACAGAUGCACUCGUUUCGUUAGAGUUUGGGCUCAAGAUAGCAUCGUGUGUCCGUACUGCGAGAGUGGCUUCUUGGAGGAGAUUGAGGCCACGCCGAGAUCGGAGAAUCACCACCGUCGGUUUCCGGCGACUGCGAUGUACAUGCUGGGGAACAACCGGCCGGAUUCGGAGCAAAGUGCGAAUCUAGGGUUGCGGCGGAGCAGGAGGAACGCCGGUGAUCGGUCUCCGUUUAAUCCAGUUAUUGUGCUGCGCGGUCCGGCUGAUGGAGGUGGUGGUGAAGGCGGUGUUGUGGAGAGGAGUAGUUUUGAAUUGUACUACGAUGACGGGGCAGGGUCCGGGCUUCGGCCGUUGCCGGCGACCAUGUCGGAGUUCUUGAUGGGGUCAGGGUUUGAUCGGUUGCUGGAACAGCUUUCGCAGAUUGAAAUCAAUGGUUUUGGGCGCGGCGAGCACCCUCCGGCGUCAAAGGCGGCCGUGGAGUCGAUGCCGACGAUCGAGAUCGUGUCUAGCCACAUCGUCACAGAGUUGCACUGUGCGGUAUGCAAAGAGGCGUUCCAGCUGGGUUCGGAGGCUCGCGAAAUGCCCUGUAAGCAUAUCUAUCAUUCCGAUUGUAUUCUCCCAUGGCUAUCUCUCCGCAAUUCAUGCCCUGUUUGCCGCCACGAGUUGCCGACGGACGUUCCCGGAACAAGGAACUCGCCGGUAUCUGGAAAUGAAGCACUUUCUCCGGCACCAAAUGAAGAAGAGACAGUGGGGCUGACCAUAUGGAGGCUUCCUGGCGGUGGGUUUGCCGUGGGGAGGUUUUCCGGAGGAAGAAGAGCCGGCGAGCGUGAGCUUCCUGUGGUGUACACAGAAAUGGAUGGUGGGUUCAAUAAUAGUGGUGCUCCAAGGAGGAUUUCAUGGGCAUCCAGAAGAAGCCGAUCCAGAGAGAGCGGCGGAUCACUGGGCAGAGCUUUUCGCAACAUUUUCUCAUUUUUAGGGAGGUUUAGGUCUUCUUCCUCAUCAUCUUCUCGUUCAACUUCAGAACCUGGGUCCAUUACCAGAAGUCACAGUCACUCAAGUUCGGUUUUCAGUAGAUACGUUCGGAGGAGGAGCAGAGCUUGGGUACUGGAAGAUCAAAGUGGAAAUUCAAGAUGGUGAAUUUGGGAAUGAAAAUAUAAGAAAUUUCAGUUUUUUUUUUGUUUCGCAAUCUGGAUGGGAUCACUGUAAAUAGCUUUUUCUUUUUCCUUUUCAAGGGGUCUUACAUUUGCUACAUAAAUGGUCGGGCGUUAUUGGUUUUCAAGGAUUAAGAAUUGGCAGGAGAAGAAGGAAAGGUUUGCAGCAAAGCUUUGGGAAGUGAGGAAAAUGGGUUUGCCUUGGUAGCGGAUCUAAUGGCAUAAAAGCUUUAAGACAUAAAGCAUUCGUUACUUGCUUAAUUUUGUAAUUUGUGUUCCUACCAAAACAAAAAAUUUUGUAAUUUGUUUUUAGCUUCUAUUCCAAUCUCCAGUUAUCGUCAGAAAUUCUUUUCCUUGUAUUCAUUUCAUCAAGUUUUCAUCUUCUCUCA